GCCGGGGCCGCUCAGACCUGCAGCGGAGCCGCGGCGCCCGCUCCGAUCGGCUCGGGGCUGCGCCCCCGGGACCCGGCGACGGGGGCGGGCGGGGGCGCUCCCCACCGGGCUGGGCCCCUUGGCACUGCCAGCUCUGGCCCCCCACUCUGCCUCGGGAGCCCAGUCCCCCUUCAAGGACUUCAGCUAGCUGUGUGCCGGGGGCAGGAUUUGGAGAGGCGGGGUUCCUGUGGAGGACGGACUUUCACAGGCUCUCAACCCUGUCUGAGGCUGCCCUCCUUGUCAUCUCAGCCUGACCUAGGCGCCCUGAGACCACACUUCCAUGAAUCCCAAUCCCUGGAUUUUAAGCCCUUUCCCUGGUAGCCCCCAUCUCCUCCAGCCCCAAGCUGCAUGCCCACCCUGGGAGCACAGGGGCCAGUUUGGGGUUCCAAGCCCUCCCAGCAUCCCCUCUCCUAUUUUCUUCCCAAGCUUCUCUACUCAGAGUUGAGUGGCAGGAGAUGUAUCAGCUUGGAGGGCUGGAGGUGUGGAUCCAUGGGGCAGCCCCAAAGCAUCUGCCCCUCUGCCCCAGCCAGCUCAUGCCUCAGCACCCGGGAGCAGUGAACAGAGCCCUGGCUGAGCCCAAACAUGUGGGGCCUGGUGAGGCUCCUGCUGGCCUGGCUGGGUGGCUGGAGCUGCAUGGGGCGCCUGGCAGCCCCAGCCCGGGCUUGGGCAGGGUCCUGGGGGGGCCCAGGACCAGCACUGCUUCGGACCCGACGGAGCUGGGUGUGGAACCAGUUCUUCGUCAUUGAGGAAUAUGCUGGACCAGAGCCUGUCCUUAUUGGCAAGCUGCACUCAGAUGUGGACAGGGGUGAGGGCCGCACCAAGUACCUGCUGACCGGAGAGGGGGCAGGCACUGUAUUUGUGAUUGACGAGGCCACAGGCAAUAUCCAUGUCACCAAAAGCCUGGACCGGGAGGAGAAGGCACAGUACGUUCUACUGGCCCAAGCUGUGGACCGAGCCUCCAACCGACCCCUGGAGCCCCCAUCGGAGUUCAUUAUCAAGGUGCAAGACAUCAAUGACAAUCCACCCAUCUUUCCCCUUGGGCCCUACCACGCCACAGUGCCCGAGAUGUCCAAUGUCGGGACAUCAGUGAUCCAGGUGACUGCUCACGAUGCCGAUGACCCCAGCUACGGGAACAGCGCCAAGCUGGUGUACACUGUGCUGGAUGGACUGCCUUUCUUCUCUGUGGACCCCCAGACUGGAGUGGUGCGGACCGCCAUCCCCAACAUGGACCGCGAGACACAGGAGGAGUUCUUGGUGGUGAUUCAGGCCAAGGACAUGGGCGGCCACAUGGGGGGGCUGUCGGGCAGCACUACGGUGACGGUCACCCUCAGCGAUGUCAACGACAACCCCCCCAAGUUCCCUCAGAGCCUGUACCAGUUCUCUGUGAUGGAGACCGCUGGGCCGGGCACCCUGGUGGGCCGGCUGCGGGCCCAGGACCCAGACCUGGGGGACAACGCCCUCAUGGCAUACAGCAUCCUGGAUGGGGAGGGGUCCGAGGCCUUCAGCAUCAGCACAGACCCCCAGGGUCGAGAUGGGCUCCUCACUGUCCGCAAGCCCCUAGACUUCGAGACCCGUCGCUCCUACUCCUUCCGUGUGGAGGCGACCAACACGCUCAUCGACCCAGCCUACCUGCGGCGAGGGCCCUUCAAGGACAUGGCCUCAGUGCGCGUGGCUGUGCAGGACGCCCCAGAACCACCCGCUUUCACCCAGGCUGCCUACCGCCUGGCAGUCCCCGAGAACAAGUCUCCCGGGACCCUGGUGGGCCAGGUGUCAGCCGCUGACCUGGACUCCCGGGCCAGCCCAAUCAGAUACUCCAUCCUCCCCCACUCGGACCCGGAGCACUGCUUUUCCAUCGAGCCUGAAGACGGUACCAUCCGCACGGCAGUGUCCCUGGACCGCGAGGCUCGUGUCUGGCACAACCUCACAGUGCUGGCCACAGAAGUCGACAGCUCCGCACAGGCCUCCCGGGUGCAAGUGGCCGUCCAGACCCUGGAUGAGAAUGACAAUGCUCCCCAGCUGGCUGAGCCCUACGACACCUUCGUGUGUGAAUCUGCAGCCCCCGGCCAGCUGAUUCAGGUCAUCAGGGCCCUGGACAGAGAUGAAGUCGGCAACAAUAGCCGUAUCUCCCUUCAAGGUCCUCUGGACCCCGAUGCCAACUUCACUGUACGGGACAACCGAGAUGGCUCUGCCAGCCUGCUGCUGCCCUCUCGCCCCGCUCCGCCCCGCCAGGCCCCCUACCUGGUCCCCAUCGAACUGUGGGACUGGGGGCAGCCGGCACUGAGCAGUACUGCCACAGUGACUGUCAGCGUGUGCCGCUGCCGGCCUGAUGGCUCCGUGGCAUCCUGCCGGCCCGAGGCUCAGCUCUCACCUGCUGGGCUCAGCACCGGGGCCCUGCUCGCCAUCAUCACCUGUGUGGGCACCCUGCUUGCCCUGGUGGUGCUCUUCGUGGCCCUGCGACGCCAGAAGCAGGAAGCCCUGAUGGUGCUGGAGGAGGAGGACGUGCGUGAGAACAUCAUCACCUACGACGACGAGGGCGGCGGCGAGGAGGACACGGAGGCCUUCGACAUCAGCGCCCUGCAAAAUCCCGACGGGGCCGCCCCGCCGGCUCCCGGCCAGCCCGCGCGCCGAGAUGUGCUGCCCUGGGCCAGGGCGCCGCGCCAGCCCCGGCCCCCCGGCCCCGCCGACGUGGCGCAGCUGCUGGCGCUGCGGCUGCGCGGGGCGGACGACGACCCCAGCGUCCCACCCUACGACUCGGUGCAGGUGUACGGCUACGAGGGCCGGGGCUCGUCCUGCGGCUCCCUCAGCUCCCUGGGCUCCGGCAGCGAGAUCGGCGGCGCCCCGGGCCCCGCUGAGCCACUGGACGACUGGGGGCCGCUCUUCCGCACCCUGGCCGAGCUCUACGGGGCCAAGGAGCCCCCGGCCCCCUGAGUGUCGGCCUGGCCCUGCCCGCCGCGGCGGGGCGACGCACAGGCCCUCUGAGUGAGCCCCCGGGGUCCAGGCAGGCGGCAGCAGCCCAGGGGUCCCCAGGCCUCCCCGAUCCCCGUGUCCCUCCUCCCCACUUCCCCAGGGCAACCUCCUCCUUACCUCCCUCGUCCUGAGCCGUCUGUUUGUCUCUCUCCAGGGAUCUCUGUCUCUGUCUCUGACACUCUCCCUGUCUGGGUCUGCACUGUGCGGCUCAGACUCUGAAUCUCUACGUUCUCUCACUGUGAUUCCACUUUCUUGUGGCUCUGUUUUGGUCUCCCCCAUUCUAAAUCUGUCACUCACGGCUCUCUGUCUCCCGUGCCCGCACACAUGCUCUCUGUCUGUCUCCUGCCCACAUCUGCCCGCAUUCUCUGUGGGUCCCUGUGACUGGCUUUUUGGUUUCUUCCGUUGUCCAUCCCAGAAACAAAGAGAAACUUCCAACCACUGCUGCCCACCCUCCUGCAGGGGAUGUUCUGCCCCAGACCUGCCCGCAUGGUUCCAUCCAUCGCUCAUGGCCUCAUCCUGGCUCCACUGGCCUCCAGCAGAGAGAGGGAGCCGGCCCACCUCCCAGGGCAAGAGCUCCAGCCCCCAACGUGGCCGCCUCCCUGGAGCUCCGCCCAGCUGUCAGCCGGCCCUGGGCAUCCUAGCCCUGGGCAUUGUCUUGUGUGCUUCCCAGGCCCCAGGGGGAGGGAUGGGAAGGAAAGAGGGAGGCAGCUGGGGAAGGGGAAGAGGGAGGAAGGGGAGG